GUCAAACUCAUAAAUAGUAAAUAUCUAAGAGCAUGAUUAGGGUCGAACUUUGAUAAUCUUUCUUGCGCUCUCUAACGCCGACGAGCCACCGCGAAAACAUCAACCACUCAAUGCCGCCGCCGCCGUCGCUUUCCUCACUUCCCAUCGAAAUCGUCUUGGAAAUCUUAGCUCGCGUCCCGAAACGCUUUCACCCGACCCUCUCUUGCGUCUCCAAGACCUUCCGCCGUCUUCUUCGUUCCCCGGAGAUACACAAGAUUCGCUCUCUCCUCCGCAGAGACUCGCUCUUCAUCUGCUUCGUCGAAAAAACAGAUCAACAGUGGUUCUCUCUCCGAAGAGCCGAGAAUAACAACCCGACGACGGAGAAGAACCACUUCGUCUCCAUCGACCUCGCGUUCCCUUGUCAGACCGAGAAAGAGCCCUCCGUCGUCGCCAUAGGGGCGGAGAUCUUCUUUAUCUGCGGAUCGUUCUAUCCUUCGUCAGCCAUGUGGGUUCUUGAUUCAAGAACGGGGACGUUUCGCCGAGGACCUAGCUCGAGAGCUGCUAGGCUAUGCAAAAGCGUGGGUGUGGUCGGGAGCAAGGUGUACGUGAUCGGGAGCUAUAGAGACGACGAGAUACACGUGGAGUCAUUUGACGCGAGGACGAACACGUGGGAGCUAGCGCCAGUUCCUGAGGAUCAAGGUUGGUGGAGUUCGGAUGCGACCGUGUCGUUAAACAGGAAAGUCUGUGCGUUACAUUUCUCUAGCGAUGCUAAUUGCUACGAUACUAGAGACGGGUCUUGUGAGCGUUUAGGUUUGCCUAAGGGUGAACGGUUGUGGAGAAGUAGAACGGGUGCUUAUGUGAUGAACAAUGUGCUCUACGUUUAUUACGCUAGGUUUGGGUUGAUGUGGUAUGACUCUGAGAUGAGGCUAUGGAGAGUUGUUAAUGGUUUGAGUCAUCUCAACAAGGUCCGGUCUGUUGCAAUGGCGGAGUAUUAUGGAAAGCUGGCGUUCUUGUGGGAAGAUGAGGUUGGUGUUAGUGGUGGAACGAAGGAGGUUUGGUGUAGAAUGAUUGCUUUGGAGAGGAGUGAAGAAGGGGUUGAUGGGAUUGCUGAAGCGUCUCAACUUCUGGGGAGCGUCCCUCGUGGCUAUAUACUCCGGCAUUGUCUCUCUGUUUCAGAUUAGAGAGAGUAGAGUGUCCCUCGUAGCUAUAGAUAAAAUGUCCUUAUGAACUACUUUGUUAUAGAUCCACCAGCCUUAUAUGAACUUUAGACAUGUGCUUUUGUCAUAGGAUCUCAUUGAUUAAG